AUGGUUGCCAUUCCUACGUAUCUCCUGGCCUCGUCGGCCGUGACCAGCCUGGGGCCCUUGACUCCUCGAAACUCUGUUAUCCGAUCACCGGAGCCAUCGCCGCAGUCUUCGUCGACAAGUCUAAUGUCAGAUCCCGGUUCGAGUCCUUUCGCUUCUAUAAUCGGACCCCAUAUAUCGUCCAAUUUCCCCGAUCCUGCCGUUAUUCAUGUUGAUGGCGUGUCCUAUGCUUUUGCGACCAAUAAUCGAGCCCUCGGACCGGACCUGGUCCAUGUUCAAGUGGCCACUUCGACCGAUAACCAGACGUGGACACUACUGGACCAUCACGACGCUCUACCUUCUCUAGGGGCAUGGGAGACAGGCGCCGGUGUCUGGGCGCCAGAUGUGGUCCAGCUGGACGAUGGUUCAUUUGUUCUCUACUACGCCGAUAAUGUUGUGUGGUCUCCUGCACAUCAUUGUGUGGGUGCGGCCACUUCUAAGGACGUUCUGGGACCUUAUGUCCCGCUUGACACUCCUUUCGCGUGCCCAGACGUUAAUGCCCUCGGUGGAGCUAUUGAUCCCGACGGCUUCCUCGACGAAUCCACCAAUACACGCUAUGUCGUUUACAAAGUCGACGGGAAUUCUAUUGGCCACGGCGGCUCCUGCGGCAACACUGUUGCACCCAUCGUACCGACACCCCUCAUGCUCCAGGAAGUCGGCCCCGACGGCAUCACUCUGAUUGGGGAUGCUGUCGAGGUUUUGGAUCGCGACGAAUUUGACGGACCAUUGAUCGAGGCACCAUCUCUCCAUCGUUCCGACGAAGGAAUCUACUUCCUGUUCUUCAGCAGCAAUUGCUUUACGACGCCCAAAUACGACGUCUCGUACGCCACUGCGACGAAUAUCUGGGGGCCUUACACUAAAUCAAGCCGCCCCUUGCUCGUCACCAGUGACGCCGACCUCACUGGACCAGGCGGUAUGGACAUCAUCAAGGGUGGCGAACUGAUUGUGUUUCAUGGUCAUAUGACCAUCAACAACGACCCCACAAUCAAGAAGCAGGCUGAAACCAUUGCAGCCUCGACGAACACCACGAUCAGUAAGGUGCACCUGCCUUUAAUCAGAGGUAUGUGGUCUGGCACCGCAACCUUUCAAGGCACGGACGUCUUGCUAUCAUGA